CUUCUUUUCUUUUCGAACUGAUCCACUGACUAUGCUCUCUCCCUUUCUCUCUCUCCUCUCUUGAAUGGAGCUCUCGCUAUCACUUCAUGCCUUCCUUCGAAUUUCACCUGUAUCGAUUCACCAUGAAGCUCAUUUUCGAUAUAGAAAUAUACCCAAUACUCCCAGAUGCAAAGUUACUGAUGCGGUGUUGGAAUGUUUCAAGAAUCGGUCUUCAACUGGAUUAUACAAUCACAGAAGCUGCCCAAGAACUGUCUUAAACAGACACCCAAAGGGCAUGUCCAUCUGGGCCUGCAGUCAAGUUGGUGCUGCUGGAUCGGAUUCGGUAUUGAGUAAAGUUUCUGAGUUCAAAGAUGCAUUCUGGAGAUUUCUCCGGCCCCACACCAUACGUGGGACAACACUAGGGUCUAUAUCUUUAGUAACCAAAGCAUUGAUUGAGAAUCCAAAUCUGAUACGGUGGUCAUUAUUGUUUAAGGCAUUUUCUGGUCUUCUAGCUCUAAUAUGCGGCAAUGGUUAUAUAGUGGGCAUCAAUCAGAUAUAUGAUAUUGGAAUUGACAAGGUAAACAAACCUUAUUUACCUAUUGCUGCAGGAGAUCUCUCAGUUCAAUCUGCGUGGUUAUUGGUGUUAUUGUUUGCUGCAGCUGGCCUUUUGAUUGUUGGUGUGAACUUCGGUCCUUUCAUUACGUCUCUUUACUCUCUUGGUCUUUUUCUCGGCACCAUAUAUUCUGUUCCCCCAUUUCGACUGAAGAGAUUUCCUGUCGUUGCAUUUCUUAUAAUUGCCACGGUGCGAGGUUUUCUUCUUAAUUUUGGUGUAUAUCAUGCUACAAGGGCUGCGCUUGGACUAACAUUUGUGUGGAGCUCACCAGUGGCUUUUAUCACAACUUUCGUAACUGUGUUUGCACUGGUCAUUGCUAUAACUAAAGAUCUUCCAGAUGUGGAGGGGGAUCGCAAGUUUCAGAUAUCCACAUUGGCAACAAAGCUUGGUGUAAGAAACAUUGCAUUCCUUGGUUCUGGGCUUUUGUUGUUAAACUAUAUUGGUGCUGUAUUGGCAGCAAUCUACAUGCCAGAGGCUUUCAGGCACAGCUUGAUGAUAGCUUCACAUACCAUCUUGGCAUUGAGUUUAAUCUUCCAGACGUGGGUAUUGGAACGAGCCAAUUACACGAAGGAGGCAAUCUCAGGGUUCUAUCGGUUCAUAUGGAAUCUCUUUUAUGCAGAGUAUAUCAUAUUUCCUUUCAUCUAACCAAAAUGGUAUUCACUUGGGAGCUGUAGUCGCAUUGGCGUCGGAAAGGCUUCCCAAGUGGCCACAGGUUGAAUGUCCAGCAAUACAGACUAACCAAGUUAAAUGAAGGUUCAAAUCCUGUUUCAGACAAUGUAAUGCUUUGUUCUCCUUGUCACCUGAAAGGGACAAAAAAAAAAAAGAAAUAGGGAUUUUACCUAUAGAAAGAGAGCUGUUUGGGAGGGGAAAGGAAAUCUUAUGUAAUAUUGUUGGUCAUGUAUGUAUAUACAAAUAAUAGCCUGUAUUUAAAUGUUGAAAGCUGAAACUCUGAUGUACUAGGAUUUCCCUACAGAAUAAGUCUAAGAGAGUAUUUUUGAGAGGAGAAUGGUUAUAAGUGUGCGG